AUGGACGUGGACAUGGACGUGGACGUGGACGUGGACAUGGACGUGGACGUGGACAUGGACGUGGACGUGGACGUGGACGUGGACAUGGACGUGGACAUGGACGUGGACAUGGACGUGGACAUGGACGUGGACAUGGACGUGGACGUGGAGGACUUGGACGUGGACAUGGACGUGGACGUGGACGUGGACAUGGACGUGGACAUGGACGUGGACAUGGACGUGGACGUGGACAUGGACGUGGACAUGGACGUGGACAUGGACGUGGACGUGGACGUGGACAUGGACAUGGACGUGGACAUGGACGUGGACAUGGACGUGGACAUGGACGUGGACGUGGACAUGGACGUGGACAUGGACGUGGACAUGGACGUGACGUGGACGACGUGGACGUGGACGUGGACGUGGACGUGGACAUGGACGUGGACAUGGACGUGGACGUGGACGUGGACAUGGACGUGGACAUGGACGUGGACAUGGACGUGGACAUGGACGUGGACAUGGACGUGGACGUGGACGUGGACAUGGACGUGGACGUGGACAUGGACGUGGAGGACUUGGACGUGGACAUGGACGUGGACGUGGACGUGGACGUGGACAUGGACGUGGACAUGGACGUGGACAUGGACGUGGACGUGGACAUGGACGUGGACAUGGACGUGGACAUGGACGUGGACGUGGACGUGGACAUGGACAUGGACGUGGACAUGGACGUGGACGUGGACGUGGACAUGGACGUGGACAUGGACGUGGACAUGGACCGUGGACAUGGACGUGGACAUGGACGUGGACGUGGACAUGGACGUGGACAUGGACGUGGACAUGGACGUGGACGUGGACGUGGACAUGGACAUGGACGUGGACAUGGACGUGGACAUGGACAUGGACAUGGACGUGGACGUGGACGUGGACGUGGACAUGGACAUGGACAUGGACGUGGACGUGGACGUGGACGUGGACAUGGACGUGGACAUGGACGUGGACAUGGACGUGGACGUGGACAUGGACGUGGACAUGGACGUGGACGUGGACGUGGACGUGGAUGUGGACAUGGACAUGGACGUGGACAUGGACGUGGACGUGGACGUGGACGUGGACAUGGACGUGGACAUGGACGUGGACAUGGACGUGGACAUGGACGUGGACAUGGACGUGGACGUGGAGGACGUGGAUGGACAUGGACGUGGACGUGGACGUGGACACGUGGACAUGGACGUGGACAUGGACGUGGACAUGGACGUGGACGUGGACAUGGACGUGGACAUGGACGUGGACAUGGACGUGGACGUGGACGUGGACAUGGACAUGGACGUGGACAUGGACGUGGACAUGGACGUGGACAUGGACGUGGACGUGGACAUGGACGUGGACAUGGACGUGGACAUGGACACAUGGACGUGGACAUGGACGUGGACAUGGACAUGGACAUGGACGUGGACGUGGACGUGGACGUGGACAUGGACAUGGACACGUGGACGUGGACAUGGACGUGGACAUGGACGUGGACACGUGGACGUGGACAUGGACGGGACAUGGACGUGGACGUGGACAUGGACGUGGACAUGGACGUGGACGUGGACGUGGACAUGGACGUGGACAUGGACAUGGACGUGGAUGUGGACGUGGACAUGGACGUGGACGUGGACGUGGACAUGGACGUGGACAUGGACGUGGACAUGGACGUGGACAUGGACGUGGACGUGGACGUGGACAUGGACGUGGACGUGGACAUGGACAUGGACGUGGACGUGGACGUGGACAUGGACGUGGACGUGGACGUGGACAUGGACGUGGACGUGGACGUGGAGGACGGGCGUGGACAUGGACGUGGAGUGGACGUGGACGUGGACAUGGACGUGGACAUGGACGUGGACGAUGGACAUGGACGUGGACAUGGACGUGGACAUGGACGUGGACAUGGACGUGGACGGACAUGGACGUGGACGUGGACGUGGACGUGGACAUGGACGUGGACAUGGACGUGGACGUGGACAUGGACGUGGACAUGGACGUGGACAUGGACGUGGACGUGGACAUGGACGUGGACAUGGACGUGGACAUGGACGUGUGGACGUGGACAUGGACGUGGACAUGGACGUGGACAUGGACGUGGACGUGGACGUGGACAUGGACAUGGACGUGGACAUGGACGUGGACGUGGACGUGGACGUGGACAUGGACGUGGACAUGGACGUGGACAUGGACGUGGACAUGGACGUGGACAUGGACGUGGACGUGGAGGACGUGGACGUGGACAUGGACGUGGACGUGGACGUGGACGUGGACAUGGACGUGGACAUGGACGUGGACAUGGACGUGGACGUGGACAUGGACGUGGACAUGGACGUGGACAUGGACGUGGACGUGGACGUGGACAUGGACAUGGACGUGGACAUGGACGUGGACAUGGACGUGGACAUGGACGUGGACGUGGACAUGGACGUGGACAUGGACGUGGACAUGGACGUGGACGUGGACGUGGACGUGGACAUGGACGUGGACAUGGACGGACGUGGACGUGGACAUGGACGUGGACGUGGACAUGGACGUGGACAUGGACAUGGACAUGGACGUGACGUGGACGUGGACGUGGACAUGGACAUGGACAUGGACGUGGACAUGGACGUGGACAUGGACGUGGACAUGGACGUGGACAUGGACGUGGACAUGGACGUGGACGUGGACAUGGACGUGGACGUGGACGUGGACAUGGACGUGGACAUGGACGUGGACGUGGACAUGGACGUGGACGUGGACGUGGACAUGGACGUGGACGUGGACGUGGACAUGGACGUGGACAUGGACGGGACAUGGACGUGA